UGCCGGGACAAGGAAGAAAUUUUUUAUUUUAUUUUUGUUUGAUCAGUACGUAUAUCGGAAAUCAAGAAUGAAUAUAUUGUUUGUGGUGGAGGUAUUUCUCCUCGUGGCUGUGGUAAAGUGUCAGUACAAACCAACGUGGGAAUCUCUAGAUGCUCGGCCGCUGCCGGCCUGGUACGACGAGGCCAAGUUCGGAAUAUUUAUACACUGGGGAGUCUUUUCGGUGCCCAGUUUUCGAUCUGCAUGGUUCUGGUGGGACUGGCAGGGAGUAAACGAUUCUGACGUUGUAGCGUUUAUGAAAAGUAAUUAUCCUCCUACAUUCACGUAUCCCGAUUUUGCUCCGACAUUUAAGGCUGAGUUUUUCAACCCGGAACAGUGGGCAGAUGUAAUACAGGCGUCCGGAGCAAGGUAUGUAGUGCUGACCAGCAAACACCACGAAGGGUUUACGAACUGGCCAUCCAAAGUAUCCUGGAAUUGGAACUCGAUGGAUACAGGACCUCACCGAGACUUGGUUGGUGACCUUGCAGCUGCCAUACGUAAUCAAACAAGUGUGAUAUUCGGCCUUUACCAUUCCUUGUUUGAAUGGUUCAACCCACUCUACCUGCAGGAUAAGCAAAACAACUGGACUACCCAAGAUUUUGUUAAGGAAAAGACUGAAGUUGAAUUAUUUGAUUUAAUAAACACUUACAAGCCCGAUCUCCUCUGGUCAGAUGGGGAAUGGGAAGCUCCAGCCUCGUACUGGAACUCACAGCAGUUUCUGGCCUGGCUGUACAAUGAUAGCCCUGUAAAGGACACUAUUGUGACUAAUGACAGAUGGGGAGCGAGGACCCUCUGUAAACAUGGCGGCUAUUAUACCUGCAGUGAUCGAUUUAAUCCAGGCGUUCUCCAGAAACACAAAUGGGAGAACGCGAUGACGCUAGAUACCAAAUCUUGGGGUUUCAGACGCAAUGCUCCACUGACGGAUUACCUAGACAUGGAAAACCUGACGCAAAUUUUAGCAGAAACAAUUAGCAAGAUGGGCUUUUGUGCCAGUCGUGAUCAUAACGGGCUGGCCAGUGCUGCGUGUAUUGACAAGGGCACGUUAAAUAUCGUUCCAAAUAAAUGA